AUGACGAAGUUCAGGAAGCUUAAUCGCCCGACGGGCCACCGUAUGGCCAUGCUUAGAACAAUGGUUUCACAAUUGGUGAAGCACGAGCGUAUUGAAACCACUGUUGCCAAGGCAAAAGAAAUACGGAGGCUUGCUGAUAAUAUGGUGCAGCUUGGCAAAGAGGGUACCCUUUGUGCGGCUAGGCGAGCUGCUGGUUUUGUGAGAGGAGAUGAAGUCAUUCACAAACUAUUUACAGAGCUAGCAUAUCGAUACAAGGACAGGGCAGGUGGUUACACAAGGCUCCUACGGACACGGAUAAGAGUUGGUGAUGCUGCACCAAUGGCCUACAUCGAGUUCAUUGACAGAGAAAACGAACUCAGACAAUCAAAACCAGCAGUCCCUCAGCUGCCACAGAGAGCUGCUUUAGAUCCCUGGACGAGAUCGCAGCUUACCAGGAACUUUGCACCUCCCAAGGAGGAAAAGAAAUCCGAUUCGGAUUCCGACUUAUGA